UUAUAUCGUAUAGCUCGCUUUAAUGGAAGUUAUCAAAUCUGCGCAUGCGUUAUUUGGACUCGUCACUUCCUGUCGCUGUGUGGACGAGAAGAGCAGAGGACGUGCAUCUCUACAGGUUACACGAUUAAAACCAACCGACCACAAUGUCCAGCAGCGUGCUGUGUGGUCGAGUCGGGCUGGUUCUAUCCCAGACCACUCGCCAUCAGGCUUUAGCUGCUCUCCUGGUCGGCAAAUUCAGAAACUUCUCAGCUGCAAGCUCCGAUGAGCCCUACACAGCUGUAUCACCCACACAUUCAGGUCCCAGAACUGUGUGGCCCGAUGAGAACAUGGGACCUUUCGGACCUCAGGACCAGCGGUUUCAGUUACCGGGCAACGUUGGGUUUGACUGUCACCUCGAUGGCAUCACGGACCAAAAGAAAGCUCCAGUUCACACGAUAGUGCCUGACUUACUGACGACGCCAAGCAGCACAGAGAGGCAUCACUUUAUACUGGCCCAGUUUGUCAAUGAAUUCCAUGGAAAACUUGGUCCUAUAUCUAUGAGAGUUCACAAAGCUGAGCAGUACUUUAAUCAAACAGACACACAUUGUUUCAUAAAUUCUUGCCCUGAGUUGUUAAGAAAAGAUAUGGAGAUGAUGUUUCCCUCGGCACCUACAAAUUCCAUCACAGUUGUGACGGUUACGCAGAUAAGCAGCCGACAUGAGACGUCAUCAGAGCAGGACAGAGAUCAGAUGCUUCACAAGUUUGUGAGUGGUGCUAAGGAGAUGUGCUUCGCACUGUGGACUGAAGGGUACUGGGCAGACUUCAUUGACCCGACAACAGGCACAGCGUUCUUUGCAUCUCCAUCCAGUCCAAAUGUUCAACGAGCAGAGGAGGAGCCGACACAUCUGAGUUUUCACAUCGAGGUAUCAGGCUCCUGCACAGUUAUCAGCCACAUCCUGAGAGGAACGCCUUUGUUUGUGGGGACGGUUUUUACCAAUGCACCUACUCACAGUGCCGCCAUCGGCAGACUACAAGGACUUUCAAAUGUACAAGAUGAUGAAGAAUAGGCUUUAUUAUUUUUAUUUAAUGUUUUAUGGAACUCUAUUCAAACGUGAGGCCUCUAUUUAUGCUUUAAAGAAGCUGGGAAGUUAAUGUGUGAUUGUGCAGAUGGACACGUUUAGUGUAAUUAAAAAUUGAACUGACUCUAAUACAGACUUGGUGCUGUUUGACCCACUGGUCACCUUUAUGUCUUGUUCAUCUUGCAAAAUGAUGUUCAUAGAAAUGUGAAAUAGAAAAAUUUCAGACACACUCAUCCAGCUCGGUAAUUAAAACACCGUUAAGAUUUCUCCAACUUGACACUUUUAUACACACCGUUUAUCUGUUGCACAGGAUCUAAAGGAAAGUGCAAACUGUUUCUAUUGAAGCAGUAAACUUGUCAGAGCUGCUGAACUAAUUAAAUGACUUCUCACAGUGA